AUGGACUCGAUUGGUAGGGCAUUUUUCGAGUCUACCACUCUUUCCAACAGUGAAGUUGAUGGUCCACUACAAAACUAUCACCAUAAAAGCAGGAACUAUAUUGAGCGCAAUAAUACACAUAAGCGAUUUAAAAUCCUCUCCUCUUCAACAAGAUAUAGCAUUCAAGGGCCACAAAGCAGUGGACCAUUAGCUGCUUCAACUCAAGCAGAAAUAGAAAGCCAGUCUACCCAAUCUUCAGAAAGAUCCCACGUGAUAUCAGAAUUGGACCAGGAUAUAGGGUAUACCAUAGAAUCCAAUGCAAUGUAUGAACAAGCACCCUCUACUGAAGAGGAGCAGGUGAUGAGGCUGAUGGGCCCAUUUUCUAAGUUCUACUAUAAAUUAACAAGAAGGUUAUUGAAGAAACCAAGACUGGACAACGAUUUAUUAUAUGAUGAGCAUCAGUCAUAUCAAGCAAGUCCAGUUUCAGAAGCUGGACCAAGUAAGUUGCUGUUUCGUAGGGGGGAUAGAACAAUAACAAAUGAAGGAAAAAAAAUAAUCAAUGGCACUCCAAGCAACGCAAUUAUAGAAGCCGAAACACAUCUUGCUGCCUUUCAACAUUCAUUACAGCGCAAAAUUGAUGUUUCUAGAAGUUUAUAUCAACCUCGGAGACAUAUUCAUGGUCACCAUAGACUAGCAAGUUUAUUUUCAUAUAGAAGAAGAGGUGUCACCUAUGCCAAUGAGGAUACGAUCAGUGAGCAUAUACAUGAGACAACACAAGUUAACGGUCCUAGCUCGUCAUUGCCUGUCAAUAUGGAUGGUGCAAUGUUUACAAAUAAUAUGGAAACACAACAGAUAGGGGAUGAAUAUGACGAGUCCGAAGAUUUCAACGAAAUCCUAGGGUCAGAAGAAGGAUCGGAAAUCUCUGAACAGAGACUAUACUUUUGUCGCAUGUUUUCACCAACUCAAUUAUUCAGAAACAUCAAAAGUAUUAGAAUAAGCAAAGAUCCCUCGAGGUCAGAAAUUCCUGAUUUUGGCGUUAUAGCUGAUGAAGCGCCUCUCAGCAAUGAUACUUUAGGAGAGCACACUGAAAUUAACGUAGAUGCAAACCAUAGACCAUUUGUCUCCACCCGUCUUCACUCAUCAAGGGAACGGACUCGCGAUGAACGGUCUAAUCGGCCAGCCCUUGAUGAUGAAGAGCCAGAAGAUCAUGAAGAGUCAGCCAGAAACUCUUCCAGAAGAUUUGAAACAUCACAUGAAGUUUUUCAACCAAGUACGAAUUCAAUAAGGAUUCGAAUAGACGACAUCAGAGAUGCUCAGGAUACUAGUGUUCAAAUCUCCAGAGUUUCAGAUUUCAAGAUAUUGGAAGAUACUAUUUACCUUGAAGAACCAGGAAAAGAUUUAGAAUUAACAUAUUCUAGGAGCUUCAGAAAUUUUGUUAAGCGCCUCAAGUUUAAUGGAGCUGAUCAACCAGUGAUCACCAGUAAUCCAAGGGUGGACAGGAUAAAUGAUUGGUCCAUUAUGCUAGGAUUAGGUAGCGAGAAGCAAGGUGGCACAUCUUCAAAUUAUGGAGUAGGAUAG